UAGAACCCUUUCUCAUCACUCUCUCUCUGUAAUAAUCGCGAAACCCAAAAAACAAAAUUAUCACACUAUUGCUUUCACAUCCUUCAACCCUAAUUUCACACAAACUCAAUUUUAUUUUUUAUUUUGUUGAAAAAAUUCACAGAAAAAACACAAUGAAGGGAGUGAAAGGAAAAUUGCUGAAAAAGCUCAAAACAAUCAAACAGAUCAAUUAUCUAAAACCAGAUCGAAUUCUUCAGGUCAAAUCCUCAGAUGGGUAUGUAGAUUUUCUCCCAAAGAUUACAUCUUUCAACAUAUCUAACCCAUUUGCUUCUCGAGAAAAUGAGUCCAAGAAAAUUGUCCAAAGUUGCGAGAAUUUGCAGGAUGAGGAACCAGAAAUCAUUGAUGUGUCUGAGCUUAUGAGAGAUCUUGAUAAAGAUGAAGAAAUGGUUAUGGAUGAUGUUGAUGAUGAUGAUUGCAGUGAGAAUAAAGAGAAUGUUAGUCACAAAGGUGUUGUUUUGGUUUCACAGAGAGAAGAAACAGAGUCGAAACAGAGUGAAGUUUUGAGAGACAAAAAGCCACCACUGGUACCAAGAGCUAAUAAUUCUGAUAGAAAAAGGAAAAAAUCGAUUUCGGAGAAUGAUAAUUUGUGUUUUCGGAGACCGGAUUUGAAUUCUGGAAGCUUAUUUGAUCCGGAUCUACUCGCUGCGUUCGAGGAAGCUGUGAAAGAACAUACUAGAAUGAUGGAGGAACAGAGGAAAAACAGAGUUGAAGAAGAUAUUUUACAGAUUGAAAAAAUUGACUUUUUCGAUGAAAAUGAAGAAGUUGAAGUAGACCCUUUGUUGAUGUUUGAAGAGAAAUGUCCACCAGGUGGUGAUGGUACUGUGAUUUUCUACACAACAUCGCUUAGAGGAAUCCGAAAAACUUUUGAAGACUGCAACAAAAUUCGGUUCCUAUUGCAAAGUUUCAAGGUUUUGUAUCUUGAGAGGGAUAUAUCAAUGCAUAAAGAGUUUAAAGAUGAAUUGUGGAACAUUUUGGGUGAGAAAAUUGUGCCUCCAAGGCUUUUUGUUAAGGGAAGAUAUAUAGGUGCAGCAGAAGAAGUUAUGAGUUUGCAUGAACAAGGAAAAUUUAAGAAAAUUCUUGAAGGUGUUCCAAUGGAUUAUUCUAAUGGUCCUUGUGAUUCUUGUGGUGGAUUAAGGUUUGUGAUGUGUUUUAAGUGUAAUGGUAGUCAUAAGCUUUUGGUAGAGAAGGAAGAGAUUAUUGAGUGUUUGCUGUGUAAUGAGAAUGGAUUGAUGGUGUGUCCCUAUUGUGGCUAGAAGAUAGAGAAUUUUGUUCAUACUUAUAUGUGUUCAAUUUGAGGUAAUUGUGCUUAUAGUUCUCUUUUUUUGGUAUUAACCCUCUACUUCAUAAGGGAAGGGGGCCUAGUAAUCCAGAGUUCGUCCAUUGUGCUUAUAGUUCUGAAUUGUGACUACAUUGAUAUAGUUUUUGUAAGUAAUUGAACUUGUGGGAAUUUCAUUCUUUGAGUUUUUUGGAAAGUGCUAUAGGCACUUCAUUGGAUGGUUGUACUUUGUACUAUUUUUUUGAUGAAAUCUAUAGAUGUUUUGGUA